UUUAAGUACACUGAAUCUGCAUUUUGAAGGUUUUCUCUUUAAUUGAAGGCCAUGUGAGUUACAUGUGCCAUUUAAAGGAAAUCAGAUUUUCUUUUCCCUCCAGCAUUGUUUUUAAGCAUUUUACUAAACUUAAACUUACACAGGAAAAAUAAGCAUGUCUCGUUUUUCUAUGGUGCAAAAAUCAGGGUGCACUGAAAUCCUACAAUCUUUAAACCACAGUGACUUGUGUGCGCUGAAGGAUACUGUAACCAACAAGCUGACGAACAUUUGGACCAAAGAGGAUAUCAUCAGUGUCAUUCUUAACUGUAGCCAAAGUGCUGAAGAACUACUGAAACGGCGGAAAGUUGUGCGAGAGGCUAUAUUGAAGUACUUAAUCCGACAUGAUGUUUCUGUACCGGCUUCAUUAGACAAACAGCAACUUAUUGAUCAAGCUUUGUUCUAUUGGAUGCAGCAAGAAUGGAAGAGCAACGAGGCAAUAGAUAAAACAAAACACAACCUUCUGGAACAAAUUAGGAAAGAAGAGUCAGAUCAAAAGGUAAAACAGGAAAUUGAAAAUGUAAAGACACAAACUAUCUUACGAGAAUUGGAAAAAACAAGGAAAGAACUGGAGGAGGCAAGACAAAAGGAGGAUCAAUUGACAAGACAAGUCGAGGAGCAGAGAAGGAAACGAGAGGAGGAGCAGGCGAGACGAGCAGAAGAGCAGAGGAAAAGACCAGCUGCUGAGCAAGUCAAGAGACAGUUGCAGGAACAAAUAACAGCACAAGCACAGGAUGAGGCAAAGAGACAACUGACAAUGCAAAUGAGUAUACAUUUGAAUAUUACACAGUCUGAGGCAUCAUCUCAGACAGUUGGAGACUUUGACUGCCAACUAAUUGGAGAGGAGUUCUGCCGCUGGUUCUUUAUUCUUCUGAAUUCCCAAAACCCUUCAUUUGGCCGACAACCAGAAGAGUGGGGUCCACAGCACUUUUGGGAUGAUGCAAUGCUUCAUUUUGCUUAUUCUGUCCAGGAAGACAAAACAGAGCAAUAUCAGAGUGCAACAAUGGUCAGUCAGCGCUUGCUGUCCCUGGUGAAAGAUGAAGAACUGCUCUUCAAUCCCAACAUUAGCAAGAAUGGAAUGAGAUGUGUAACUUCUCCACAUGGGAUAGUUGCCUUAGCAGUGGCUGGAACCAUUCAUCAGAACACACAGUGCGUGGGUAUUUUUGAGCAACUCUUUGGACUCAUCCGCACACCAAUUGGUGGAAACAACUGGAAAAUCAAAUAUGUUAACCUUCAGGUGAAAGCUUUGAAUGGUCAACUGGAAAUCGAACAACCCAAUUUAUCUAUUGAGCUUCCUGCGUUAGUGGCCCAUCUCAAUGAAUUAAGUGUAUUUAUCAAGUAACUUAUUUUAAAAAUAUACUUUGACUUUGCAGCCAUGGACUCUACCACAGACAUGCAAGGUUAAAUCUAGAAAGCAAAUUUGACAUUAGUCCUUAUUGCCUCUGUAGUGAACAUUUACAUUCACAUGGCAGAAAUCUGUUGAGCAAUUAUUUUUAAGAGUUAAUUUAAUCAAUCUGUUCAAACAUUUUAUGGCAUCUCCAGGGCUCCAAGUGAGACUUGAACCCAGCCCGGUGGUAGGGAUGCUGCUGCUGUGCCAUGAGAACCCCAAUUAUUUUUGUAGACUAUCUUAAUAAACUUUUCAUCGUCUUGCUUGAACACGUAAUCUAGCAUUGCAGUAUGGCUUCCCAUUAUAGAACCACAAUUCAGUCACAAUAAUAAAUGUCUUUGAAGUCAUUUAUGGACAUGUAUAAGAACCUAAAUGGAAUAGAGAAUGAAAGAAUGGAAUAAUACUCAGAAAUAGCAAAGCAACAGUAGAAGACGGCACCAUCUCAGGGGUAAGGAGAGCAUAUUUAUGGUUCUGGAAUACAUUCAUUCUGAUGAUGAUCAAAAGCUGCAAUGGAUUACAAAAAGGCUACUUAAAGCAAGAAUUCAUUUAAGAAACAGAUGCUACAAUAGGACAGUAAUGAGACUGGUAUUCUGAAUGGACAAAGAGCAUUUUAUCCAAUUUACCCUGUAAUCCUACAAAGUGAUGCAAAAUAUUUUAUGGAAAGCAGUAUGAAUAAUAUGUCAAUGGUAAUGUCUGUUCAGUUACACGUGUGAGUGGACACCUACUAAUUUUGCCUGAAUAUUAAAAGUUCCUCCCCUUUUUAAAUUCUCUAGUAACAUCUCAAACAAAUUUUUAAAAUUACACUUUCUGAAGGUCAGUUUAAUGUGGUGAUGACACUGUCAGUUUAGAAGUGUUACUGACUUCUGUAUUCUUCUAGAGCCUGAUAAUCCAACGGUUUUGAUACUGAGUCUAUUAUAUCAGACGAUGUACAAUGUCCAACCUUGGGACAUCAGCCGAAAUAGCAAGAGGGCUUUGUUUGUUUACAAGCAAAAAACAUGGUCUAAGUGAAUUAUUUGGGGAUUUAUUAUUUAAUUUUAUUCAAAUAAAUACAUAGCUGAAUUGCAAUAUUGUUGCCAGAAAAUCUAUCUUAUCGCCAAUCAGUUUUGCACAAGACAUAUGAUAUUUCAAAAAGAUAAUUUAGUCUGAAAAUCAAUCUUUCCCUUAGUUUUAGUGGACAUGUAAAUGCGCUUAUUUACAAUUAUGGUGGAUGUCAUUUAAACAUAGCCAAUAAUGCAUUUAAAAUAAAAUAUUUGAAUAUUAUUAAAAUACGACACUCAGAAACAUAACUCAAGCUCAUUAAGAAAUACACUGACCAUGCCUAAUGAGUGAAUGUUAAAAUCCUUUUGUGUUUUUUUCACUAGCACAGUAGCAUCUACAUGUAGUGAUAAAGGAAGAAGGUAAGAAGUAGGAGCAGGAGUAGGUCAUCUAGCUCAUUGAGCCCACUCUGUCAUUCAAUAAGAUCAUGGGUGAUCUUUUUGUAGACUCAUCUCCAUUUAACCACCAGCCCACAAUAACCCUUAAUUCCUUUACUAUUCAAAAAUCUAUCUAUCUUUGCUCUAAAAAUAUUCAAUGAGGUCGCCUCAACUGUUUUACGGGCAGGGAAUUCCACAGAUUCACAAACCUUUGAGUGAAGAAGUUCCUCCUUAACGCAGUCCUAAACAUACUAUUUUCAGGCAAUGCUUCUUGUUCUAGUUUCACCCGCCAAUGGGAACAACCUCCCUGCUUCUAUCCUAUAAUUCGUUUCAUAACUUUAUAUGUUCUAUAAGAUUCCCCCCUCAUUCUUCUAAAUCACAGUGAAUACAGUCCCAGUCUACUUAAUAAGAUGCAGAAAAAUAAGCAAGGAAGAGAUGUCUGAGUUUUUUUUUGCAAUAGGAGGGAUUGUAGAAAGAAGCCUUAGAAAAAUAGCAUAAACGAUCAACUGGAAAUUCAGUUUCUAGAAAUUCACCGAAGGUGGUUUCUGAGACACUGCAACAGGUGGCACAGUGAACUGAAACAUUGAUAAAAACAAGAUACAGAACAAAUAAAUGUUACUGGUUUUAGAGUACGAAUGAUAGAUUUGAGGCAAAGAGAAGCUGGUCAUUUGGCAAAUUCUGCGGGGUUUGAUAGAUUUUAUCCCUUUUACUUUUGUGCUUAUUUGUGAUGGAGCCCUUAAGUAAGUAGAUUUAAAAGCUUUCUUUAAAGAUAUUUGUACGUUUCUGGUAAUGUUUGUGGCACUUUUUCUCGUUUAUAGUGUUUAUAUUUAGACAUUUUGAAUAUUUUGUAAAGUAAUUUAUUUUUUAUGCAAUGCAAGUUUGUUUUGAAGGUGACCUGGAUAGAAUAGUUUGUGCUUGAGAUGUUAUAGUGAAUGAGGACAUGCUAGGAUGAUCAGCAGUCUUUAGACCAUAUCUGCAGACCUUGAAAAACUAAUGGCUUUUGCAGAAUGUUGUCAUCUGUAACAAGCAAAAUUUUGCAUUUAUACUUUAUGUUAUUUGUUUACUAUAUAUGUAUUCUCAGUGACUGCGGCAGGGGAACUUCUGUCAUUAACUUGUACCAGUGUGUGCCUGCAGACCUUGGAAAGCUAAUGACUGUUGCUAAAUGUUGUCAACUGCAACAAGUAGAACUUUGCAUUUAAAUUUUAUGCUGAUUGUUAAUUUUGUAAUAUAUUCUUGGUGACUUUGACAGUUUACCCUCUUUCAUUCCUCUCCAUCAGUCUAUGCCUGAUAAAGAACAGCAGAGGUUAUGCAGUUGAGGCAAUCCUGCAUGGGCAGAUUUAUGAUUCAAGGAGGUUGGGUGGUUGACUGUUGAUCUGUGAAGUACUCAAUUUUAACUGUGUGGCAUCAACAGAAACUCUUUAACAUUUAGAAGUGCUGCUUAUUAGAAAUGUUGCUGAAGAGGGAAAACUAUUGAUUUAUUUCUUUUAUAUUUUCUUGUGCCUGGAGGCACUGAUUUUGUCUGAGA